AUGGACAGCUAUUUCAAAGCUCAACAUUGUCAACACUGUCAAAAUAGGCGUGUGCUAAGCACGGCGUCGUUUACUGAUCUCUACUAUUCUGCUUUGGCAUUGGCCCUUCUGAGUCCUGACUUUGCAUCAUCUGAAGGUCAUCUCGCCGUGAAAGUAAUGGAGUGUUUCUUUAGGGACAUAACUGAGCACUCUUUACCUUCUCACCAGGACAUCGUAAAGUGUCCAUUUUUGCGGAACAUUAAUGAGCCUACAAAUUUUUCCUUCUCAUCUGCAGCUUUUCCAAUGCUGGAACGUGGAGCCAAAGGCCCCAUAUUCGAGGAUGGUCCCAAUUUUGACAUGGCAUUCAGGCUCUUCCAUGGGCAGAAUGGUGUUGUGCCUCUUUCUGGGAGAUCAUUUUUUCAUGGUGAAAAGUUGGACUCUGAACCUGCAGCACCCCAAUUCAAUCCUUUAGCUGCGAAAGCAGCCACCAUCAGUCUCUCAGCUUUUGGAUUUGGUGGACCCUUUGGGUUUGAUGCAUUUUCUGAGAAGUGGAAGAACCAGAAAAGAAAAUCCAAAUCGUCCAAGGAAUCUUCUUCAAAGGGAGGAGACUCAAAGCAUGAGGCAAUGAGCAAUGAGUGGUUUCAAACAGGAAACUGUCCGAUUGCCAAGUCAUAUCGAGCUGUGAGUCAUGUCCUGCCACUCGUAGCAAAGGCUCUUCAGCCCCCGCCUGGCAUGAAAGUCAAAUGCCCCCCUGCAAUAGUUGCUGCUAGGGCAGCUAUAGCACGAACUGCCUUUGCGAAAAACCUCCGGCCCCAAUCCUUGCCAACUAAAGUACUAGUUAUCGGGGUACUGGGCAUGGCAGCAAAUGUUCCUUUAGGUAUAUGGAGGGAACACACGGAAAAGUUCUCACCUUCAUGGUUUGCAGCCGUCCAUGCUGCCGUUCCAUUUAUAGGUAUGCUUAGGAAGUCUGUGUUGAUGCCCAAAACAGCUAUGGCAUUUACCAUUGCAGCAUCUAUUCUCGGGCAGAUGAUUGGCUCUAGGGCGGAGCGGUAUCGACUGAAAGCAGUUGCUUCUAGAAGAUUGGCUCUCACAGGAACUUCUGUUAAUGGGUCCAGUCAGGUAGGAGCAUAUGGAGUUAAUGGAGGACAUUGCGGCCAGAUUGGUGAGUGGAACACAGUUUCUUUGCAUGUUGCAGGGCCCCCUUCAUCAGCUGACGUGUGUAGCUGAUGUUUUUGGUCUCUUCGAUUGUGUGCUACAUGGUGAUCCCCUGAGUUCUUACUUGUCCGUUGAUCUGUUUGUUUUUUUUUUUUCUUUUUUUGUUUUGUAUUUUAUUUGUUCCUUGGAUCUGAAUUCAGAGAUUGAGUGAAUAAGAGAGAGACAGGGGUGACUGUAUCCUUAGCAAAAAUAUGUCAAUGACUCUUUCUAUGAGAAACAUAAGAACAAUUUUUUCUGCAGGGUCUUCUAUUUUCUGGUAAAAUAUGACAAAAGCUAAUACGAAG